GGGGACAACGGCGGCGGCGGCGGGAUGGAGGAGCGGGACGGGUUCCGGAAGGAGACGGUAGACCGGCUGCUCCGCCUGCACUUCCGCGACGGGAAGACCCGAGUUAACGGGGACGCGCAGCUGCUGAUGGCGGAGAUGUUGAAGGUGUUCGUCCGAGAGGCGGCGGCCCGGGCAGCGCGGCAGGCACAGGCUGAGGACCUGGAAAAAGUGGACGUCGAGCAUGUGGAGAAAGUGCUGCCCCAGCUGCUCCUGGACUUCUAGAGGCCUCACGGACCCUGCCAGCAGAGGAUCCUGACCCGACCAUGAACAUCAUGAUCAUCCUCAGUCCAACUCUAGGAAGAACAGCCUCAACUCUUUCUUUCUCUGCCCGUUUCGCUUCUGUUUCCCUUCUCUUUUACCAAACACGGCAGAGCCCUGGGUAACCACACUUGUGGGCUCGUUUUGGUCGGUUUCAUCCCCUUCUGCAGCAGCCGACCCCCCAGCACGGUGGGUGCUGCGAUUCCUCAAGCUAAUGUGAGAAACAGGAGCUGCUUCAGAGACACACGGAAAGACUCGACGGCUGGAAACCUCGUCCAAACUCCAGGCUCCCUUCGCCUGGGCAGGCGGCUGCGGCAGAAACGUCAGGUCCAGCUCCAAGCCCGCCUAAUGAAUAGGUUGUUAACAAGAGCUCAGUCACAGGCUCUUGCCAAAAAGCAGGUAACUGAUCUUUAUUUUAUAAAUAAACAGUGUCUGUCCCUCACUACCUUCCAGUGUUUCUCCAGGGCUGCGACAUCAAAGAAUGCUUGGAACCUUUUAACCAUUUGAUAUUCUCCUCAGAAGCUGCUUCCCCUCUGCUAUAAAUUUGUUCUCACAAAGAAACAUCAAUAAAUUAAAACCGAGUCACCC